AUGGACAAAGGUGCAUUGUGUUGUGAUCAUUCCAAGGAUAACCAAAUGUGCCAUGAUGUAUGUGAACAGAUAUUCUCCUCAAAAAGUGAAUCUCGACUAAAACAUCUGUUGCAGCGAGCCCCAGAUUAUUGCCCCGAAACAAUGGUUGAAAUUUGGAGUUGUAUGAAUUCAUCUUUGCCAGGUGUGUUUAAGAAAUCUGAUGGCUGGGUUGGCUUAGGCUGCUGUGAACUGGCUAUUACCUUGGAGUGUCGACAGGCUUGCAAGCAGGCAUCUUCAAAAAAUGAUAUUUCCAAAGUUUGCAGAAAAGAAUAUGAGAAUGCUCUUUUCAGUUGCAUUAGCAGAAAUGAAAUGGGCUCAGUAUGUUGCAGCUAUGCAGGCCAUCACACAAACUGCCGAGAAUACUGUCAAGCCAUUUUUCGAACAGACUCUUCUCCUGGCCCAUCUCAGAUCAAAGCAGUGGAAAAUUACUGUGCCUCUAUUAGUCCACAAUUAAUACACUGUGUGAACAAUUAUACCCAGUCUUACCCAAUGAGGAACCCAACAGAUAGUUUAUAUUGCUGUGACAGAGCUGAAGACCAUGCUUGCCAAAGUGCCUGCAAGAGAAUUCUAAUGUCUAAGAAAACGGAAAUGGAGAUUGUCGAUGGCCUCAUUGAGGGUUGUAAGACCCAGCCCUUGCCUCAGGAUCCUCUGUGGCAGUGUUUUCUUGAAAGCUCACAGUCUGUUCACCCUGGAGUCACUCUGCACCCUCCUCCCUCUACAGGCCUUGAUGGGGCUAAAUUACACUGUUGUUCUAAAGCAAACACUUCAACAUGUAGGGAACUGUGCACUAAACUUUAUAGUAUGAGCUGGGGCAAUACACAGAGUUGGCAAGAGUUCGAUCGCUUUUGUGAAUAUAAUCCAGUGGAAGUGUCCAUGUUGACCUGCUUAGCAGAUGUUCGGGAACCUUGCCAGUUGGGCUGUAGAAACCUUACUUACUGUACUAAUUUUAACAACAGGCCAACAGAGCUUUUCAGGAGUUGUAAUGCUCAGUCAGAUCAAGGAGCCAUGAAUGACAUGAAGCUAUGGGAAAAAGGAAGCAUAAAGAUGCCAUUUAUCAACAUACCUGUUCUUGACAUUAAAAAGUGCCAGCCAGAAAUGUGGAAAGCAAUAGCUUGUUCACUGCAGAUUAAACCUUGUCAUAGUAAAUCCCGGGGGAGUAUUAUUUGCAAAUCAGACUGUGUGGAGAUUCUCAAGAAAUGCGGGGACCAGAACAUAAAAUAUAUAAACAGAAGGCCAAGUACUUUAGGUAACAUUGUAGAAGAGGUGACUCAUCCCUGUAACCCCAAUCCUUGCCCUGCUAAUGAGCUCUGUGAGGUAAACCGGAAAGGGUGUCCAUCUGGAGAUCCCUGCCUUCCAUACUCCUGUGUGCAAGGUUGCAAAUUGGGAGAAGCCUCUGAUUUCAUCGUUCGUCAAGGGACUCUAAUCCAGGUGCCAUCGUCCGCAGGUUCGGAAGUUGGUUGUUAUAAAAUUUGUUCAUGUGGACAUAGUGGACUCUUAGAAAACUGCAUGGAGAUGCACUGUAUAGACCUUCAGAAGUCUUGUAUUGUUGGAGGAAAAAGAAAAAGUCAUGGAACAUCCUUUAAUAUCGACUGCAAUAUUUGUUCUUGUUUUGCUGGCAAUUUGGUGUGCUCGACCCGCCUGUGCCUCAGUGAACACAGUUCAGAAGAUGACCGGCGCACCUUCACAGGACUGCCCUGUAACUGUGCAGACCAGUUUGUCCCCGUGUGUGGGCAGAAUGGACGCACCUACCCCAGUGCGUGCAUUGCUCGCUGUGUGGGCCUCCAGGACCAACAGUUUGAGUUUGGAUCGUGCAUCUCAAAAGACCCAUGUAAUCCUAACCCCUGCCCCAAAAACCAAAGGUGCAUCCCCAAACCACAAGUCUGCCUGACGACUUUUGACAAAUUUGGGUGUAGCCAGUUCGAGUGUUUGCCACGACAGCUCACCUGCGACCAGGUCCGGGAUCCUGUUUGUGACAUGAACCACAUGGAGCACAGCAAUCUCUGCACUUUGUACCAGCGAGGGAAGAGCCUCUUGUACAAAGGCCCGUGCCAGCCCUUCUGCAGAGCCACGGAGCCCGUCUGUGGGCACAACGGGGAGACCUACAGUAGCGUGUGCGCAGCCUACUCGGACCGUGUGGCAGUCGAUUACUAUGGGCCCUGCCAGGCCGUCGGGGUCCUCUCAGAGCACAGUUCUGUCACGGAGUGCGCUGCUGUGAAGUGUCCUUCACUCUCCACAGCUGAGUGCAAACCCAUCGUCCCACCCGGUGCUUGUUGCCCAUUAUGUGCUGGGAUGUUAAGAGUUUUAUUUGACAAAGAAAAACUGGAUACAAUUGCCAAGGUAACGAACAAAAAGCCAAUAACGGUUCUGGACAUACUUCAGAAAAUCCGCAUGCACGUGUCCGUCCCACAGUGUGACGUAUUUGGAUACUUCAGCAUUGAAUCCGAAAUAGUGAUCCUGAUCAUUCCUGUCGAUCAUUAUCCCAAAGCUCUGCAGAUUGAGGCCUGCAAUAGAGAAGCCGAGAAGAUCGAAUCCCUUAUCAACGCCGACAGCCCUACCCUGGCAUCCCACGUCCCUCUCUCUGCCCUCAUCAUUUCUCAGGUGCAGGUCUCCAGCACCAUGCCGUCAGCCGGUGUCCGGGCCGGAGCGCCCUUCCACUCUGGCCUCUUCCUCCUCGCUCUGGGCUUCGCCUUGCACACGGUCUAGACAUAACUGACUGCCCAUGAGACAUGCAGAAUGUUCCUCAGUCUAAUUUCCUGCCUGCAGGUUCCAAGUUGGAGAGUGGCCAGGUCAAAGCAUUCAUCACCUCUGUUCACCACACAGUAUUUUUUUUUUAAUCUGCCAAUAUUAGUAGGGGUUUGGUUUGGUUUUUAUAAAUGUUCAAAAAUUUUCCUCCAAAUACUAAUGAAAAGAGGAUGUUUCUUCUGGUGGAUCACUGCCUUCCAAUUUACAGGUUGCUCAUUAGGUGGGUCCCUCACUAAAAUAUGUUCAGUGUCACUGAUGAAUGACAUUGUCACUUUUUAGAAAGAUAACUCACUCGACUGUGGGCUUUGUAUCACAGGAACUUCAUUUUAGAGUUCCUGUCAGUGUUAAGGGCCCCUGGUGUUUGUGUUUGUUUACAGACAAUAACCUACUCCGUGCAGAAGCUGGGGCACAGUGCAGAGCCCCUGCAUUCAAGGAUAGGAUGGAGAUAAAGCAUCUUUGGAACUAUCAUUAGAUCAUCAGGCAGCCUUAACUUACAGCAUUUAAUUUAGGAACCCAUCCAUUGUGACCAGCAAAAGCAAGCUAACCAAAUGGAAUCAGUCUCAGUGGUUACAAGCAUGUGUCUGUGACUUUGGUGAAAGGGAGGAGAUCUAUCGCAUCAAAACAUCUUGCAUUGUGCAUCUUUAUGUUAACCAGAUGUAUAUUCCAUUCUCAGUAUUCAUCGAGGCAAAAAGUUUUUAAACAUCAAUCUUUAAACCAAUUGCUGCUACUUAAAUAAUUGCCAAAAAAUGAAAUAAUUAGUAGCUCAUGUAAAUAAUACAUGAUUUUCCUAUUUUAUUAUGAAGAAGGUGAAUAGCCAUAUUUGUAAAGUGACAAUCAUGUGUACUAACCCAGUACUUUCCGUUUUGAAGACACAUUUGCGUUUGUGGCAUGCACAAUGUAGAUAUGUGUUCUGUCUGACUUUCUUUUCUGAUAUAAAAUUAUAGAAUUAUGGUUUAUAUAUUUAAAAUGUCAAUCUAAAUGUUAAAAUGUUGGCAUGUUGUCUAAGAAAUUGAAUACUUUGAAUGUUUCACAGUUUGAAAUAAGCUAUUCAGUGUAAUACUUUUUUUGUAUGCACAUAAACUUAGAUUUUACAUGAAGUAUUUUUUCAGUAUUAUAUGUACCCUCGGAAAUAUAUAAGGAUAUGCUUAUUAUACCAAAAUGUUGUUUAAACGUGGGCACUUAAGCUUUCAGAAUAUCUCAAUGCCAAUGUAGCAUGUUUGUUGCAAUUCCUUUUUUUAUAUAAAGUCUUCAAUGCAAUAUAUUGGAAAACUUUUAUAUUUUAAUAAAAAUGAUCUUUAUAUGGUUA